AUGGCUCGAACUGACUCUACCAAUUCCAAUCAAGACACCAAUCAAAACCAAAACCAAAACACCAAUUCAACAGCCUCAAACCAUCACUCAAUCCAUCUUGAUCCAUCACAGCCUAGCAACCCAUACUUCAUUAGCACCAACGACCACUCUAGAGCUUUACUCAUCACACAAGUGUUGGAUUCUAGCAAUUAUCAUCCCUGGACAAGAUCAAUGAAGCGUGCCUCGCGUAUUAAGAACAAGCUGGGUUUCAUCGAUGGCAGCAUUCGUGAGCCAAUUGAACCUGACAGUCCCUUGAUGGAUCAUUGGCCUCGUUGCAAUGACAUUGUUAUUACUUGGCUGCAGAACUCCAUGUCGGCUGACAUCAAAUGCAGCACCCUGUAUGUAAAAAUGACACACCAGUUGUGGGUUGAGCUUGAGCAUCGUCUUGCACAGCAAAAUGCCCCAAGGAUUUAUGAAAUCAAACAAGGGAUUGCUACCAUGAUGCAGCAACAAGAUUCAGUGAGUUGUUACUUCUCCAAGCUGAAAACACUUCUCGAUGAACUGAUGAACUAUGAAUCCAUCCCUAGCUGUAGUUGUGGUGGCUUGAAAACAGUGAUCGAAAAUCAACAAAGGGACUAG